AACAAGUGUUAACAAUGGAAGAACCUGUGCGCAAAUCUGUAUUAGAUUCCUUUCGUGAAAUUAAAAAAUUCUAUGUAUGUAGGCUUAUUUUUUGCUCAAAAAUUACAAAUUGUGAAAACAUUGCACAAUUAUUUGAUACAGCAAUAAAAGAAAAAAAUUCGCAAUAUAUUACAGGAUUACUUUUCAUUUAUUCUGAUUAUGUGAUCCACUUAAUUGAAGGCUUGGAAGAUGAACUAUUACAGUUAUGUAAUGAAGUGUUUAUUACAAGCCCUGAUAUCAUAACAAACGUUAAAUGUUUAUAUAUUCAGAAUGAUGCAAAAAAUAGGUUUUUUAAAAAGUGGCACUUUAAAAGAAUGAAUUAUUGUGAUUCUAAGACCGAAGAAUUUUAUAUGUCCGACGAUACUUUCGAAAAUAUUUCCAGAGUACACGAAACUAUAAUUUUAAAUUUACAUAAAUUAUAUAUAGAAUUGUGGAACAUGUAUCGAUUGAAAAAUCAUCAAAAGUUUAUUGAAGAAUUGGAUUUAAUAUCUAGAGAAGGUCAUACAUAUAUUCCAUCCAAAGCAAGUAUUGAACUUGUGCUGAAAAGUCUUUGGGGAUACGAUUUAAAAACAUUAGUGAUGGAUUACUGUGAUUUAAAACAUCCCAUUAACUUCGAUGAUUAUUCCCAAAUUUCCGAAAUGAUUCAAGAAAUUAAUUAUAGAAGAAAUUAACAAUAUUAUUAUCUAUUAUAAUGUCAAAUAGAAACAUUAAAUAAUAUUAUUUAAUAUUGUAUAUGGCGUAAUGAAAAUUACUUGAAUACAUACUAUAAUUUGACUGAUAAUGACUA